AUAUCCACAACACCACACGCCUCCCUUACGCGAAGAUAAGCUACAAGAAACAAGCUAGCUAUAGCGAGCUCACAGCCAUGGCUGCCUCCACUGCCGGUUUGUCUUCGUCGCGGCCGCCGCUGCGAAAAAGUCUUGGCUUCCGGGGGUGAGGUUUGGAGGCAAUCUCGUCGACCCUGAGUGGCUUGAUGGAUCUCUUCCGGGUGACUACGGCUUCGAUCCAUUAGGCCUCGGCAAGAACCCCGCCUUCCUAAAAUGGUACCGCGAGGCUGAGCUAAUCCACGGCCGCUGGGCCAUGGUUGCCGUCGUCGGCAUCCUCGUCGGCCAAGCCUGGAGCGGCAUCCCCUGGUACGAAGCCGGCGCCGCUCCCGGCGCCAUCUCCCCCUUCUCCUUCGGCUCCCUCCUCGGCACCCAACUCCUCCUCAUGGGCUGGGUCGAAAGCAAGCGCUGGGUCGACUACUUCAACCCCGACUCCCAAUCCGUCGACUGGGCCACCCCUUGGUCUCGCUCCGCUGAGAACUUCGCCAACGCUACUGGAGAACAGGGCUACCCCGGCGGCAAGUUCUUUGAUCCGCUCGGCUUCGCCGGCACCCUCAAGAAUGGCGUCUACGUUCCCGACGCCGAGAAGCUCGAGCGGCUCAAGCUUGCGGAGAUUAAACAUGCUAGAAUUGCGAUGCUCGCGAUGCUUACAUUCUACUUUGAGGCGGGGCAGGGCAAGACGCCGCUUGGCGCUCUGGGAUUGUGACUCUAGCAUUUGGUCGAA